GUGUGCAUGUUGGCUGUUUGACCACACACGCACUUCCAGGAGAGCAAGAACCGGGAAAAGCUGCCGCUCAAUCAAGGGAUCCUGGUGCGCCAUGCUUGACCCACUGGAGAAUGGACUCUUCGACAUCCCCGACUACGAACUAAUAGAAGAUGAGGCAUUCCCUCCCCUCCCUCCCCCCGGGUCCCCUGGACAGGAGGAGAACCAAGAAGAACCAUUUGCAAAUGGUGAGGAGGAGGGAGGUGAGGAGUCGAAGCUGCCCGAAGUUCCUAAGAGAAAAACCGUGAAACGGCCACAGCCUAAACUGGACUCUCAAAGACUCACCUCAGAAAGGGGACUACCAGCUCUUCGAGGUCUGUUUGACAACGUUCACUUUAAAGGAAAAGGACAUGAGGCGGAUGAUCUGCGGGUCCUGAUGCAGAGGAUGGAGAACUGGGCCCACAGGCUCUACCCCAAACUCCAGUUUGAGGACUUCAUCGACAAGGUUGAAUCCCUAGGAGCCAAAAAAGAUGUUCAGACCUGUCUUAAACGAAUACGACUCGACAUGCCCCUCACACAUGAGGACUUCAUUGGCAAUGAAGACGAGCAGCCACAGCAGGAUCGUGUUCCCGAUGACCCCUUUGAUGACAUAGCGUUCCCCGACGGACCCAUACAUUCUACGCCCGCCCCCGUCAUCCACUCCACGCCGGCCCCCGUCAUCCACUCUACGCCGGCCCCCGCGCCCGUGUCCCUAUCUGAGGAGCAGCGGCAGCGCAUUGAGCUGAACAAGAAGCAGGCCUUAGAGAGACGACUGGCCCGAAUGCAACAACAGCAGCAAGGUGACAGCCAGUUGAACACCAGUGCUGCUGAAGGGGAGGGGCCAUCCACAUCCAGUAGUGCCUCCUCUCAGGCCAAUCAGGAACCACAACAGAAGGAGCCAGAGCAGGAAGUGGAUGCAGAACAGGAACAGGACAAUACAAGCUCCACCCCCAAUGUAGCAGCAUCAACAGAGACCUCCCCACCGCCGCCCCAAACUCAACCUCCACGUGCAGACUCUCCACUAUUUGAUACUGAGGGGGACUCCCCAGCCCCGAAACUGACCAAUGGGAUUGAGGAUGACAGUGAUUGACAGCACCCAUAGACCCACCCCCUUUCACCUUGCCACAGCCUUUUUGCCAUCAACUCUGCCUGGGCCGCUGGUCUGCCUUGUACAUAGACAUUAAGAUUAUGCUGUAAUAUUGUACAGGUGCCUGCCGUUUGGGUCCAGCGGCCACAGUUCAGCCAUUCUUCAUCACACCACAUCAUCUCACCUUAAUCAGUACUCUGUCGUUAGGCUCGUUGGAAAUCAUCUUUCUGGCCAGUUUGGCUUCCUUAAGUCAAUUGCCGCAUUUCUGACGGUGCAUUGCUGCACAAUCUGCGCAUAGCGCAUUUCAAUGCAUUUUUUUCUAACCAGAAUGCAUUGUAAUUUUGCAUUGCACAUGCGUGCUGCUCAGAUUGCGCAGAAAUGUGCUGUCAAUCACGAACGCGGCCAAAGCAAUGUGUGGACUUCAAUUGGUGACACUUUUUUUUGUACAGAGCAUCCCUUUUCCACAUCUUGUGUGGCCUUCCCAUCAACAUAAGGUUGGCCAGAAACGUCACAAUUUUUCAAUCAAGUCCAGAAGCUUUGAGCUUGCCAGUCAGACAAUUUCAAACAAUCCUAUUCAGUACCAAGCCAAACACGUCGGCAGCAUCACCUGCUUUUGCAGCUCCAGAGGUAUGUGGAGGCAGCUGUUGAUUUCUCAUUCACCUCAAAGGGCCUUAAGAUGAACCUCAGGCAGACAGGCUGCAGUUGGUUCCUCUGCUGCCUGAAAGUGUUUGUGUUAGCACACGGUUGGUCUCACAGUUCAGUGCCAGAAGUGCUGCUGCCGUUGUGUAUACAGUGAUGCGUUUAAGAGGACCCUGAAGAGAAAUCUUACAACUUUUACUGUCUUCAAAUGUGUCCGAGUGGAUUAUUUUUUUCCCCGGAUUCAGUGUUGUGUUUAUUGUGUUCUCUUGUACUUUCAAAUAAAGAUGUUUUGUUUCUUCAUGUAA